UCCUUGACACACUAAUAGUAAAAUCAGUGAUAGUAGUAGUUUCUGCUUGUUACACGUCGGAAAAAUACAGUGUUCGAGGUAUGUACCUGAACUUGGAGACGAGCAACCUGAAUACCAUCGCGGACUGGGCAAUGUGAUUAUGUUGGGAACAGAGACAACAACAGCUGCUGUGGAUAAAAGUUUAUCAGAACCAGAAAAGAACAGCCAGAGCAUUAUGGCAGAUCGGAAUGAUGUGACUGCCCUCACUGUACCUGUGACCAUCCAACGUGGAGGCUCGGACAGCAACCUCAACGUGGACGUGACCGACGGCAUCCUGGAUUUCCACAAGAAUAGAAUCACUAACGACAACCUCCAGCAAAAGAUCCUGAAGAUCACAGAGUCGAUGAAGAUCGAGCAGUCUGCUCGUGACGAGAAUGUGGCGGAGUACCUGAAACUGGUCGACAGUGCAGACAAGCAGCAGGUGGCCCGUAUCAAGCAGGUGUUUGAGAAGAAGAACCAAAAGUCUGCCCAUACCAUCUCUCAGCUGCAGAAGAAGCUAGAACAGUACCACAAGAAACUGAAGGAAAUCGAGCAAAGUGUGCCCUCCAAGAUCUCAAAGGAUGCCUCCAAAGACAACCUGAAGGACAUACAACAGACCCCAAAGGAUGCAGGUAGCACCCAACGAACUGGCAACUCUGGGCAGGCCAGCACAGAGAAGAGCAAAACGAUAGGACCAGGUGUGUCCUUGACACCUCCCUUUUUUUUCAACAAACCUAGGGAAUUUGCCAACCUGAUCCGUAAUAGGUUUGGCAGUGCAGACAACAUAGCACAACUUAAAAACUCAUUAGAUACAUUCCACCCUGAAGGAGGGAAUAGGGCCCUAAGUGGCAGUGCCACUAUUGUUGCCAAGCCCAAGUAUCCCAGCGAUGAUGAGUCCUCCAGUGGGACCUCUGCCUCUGCAGACAGCAACGGGAACCACUCCUUUGGCCCUGGAGGCUCCAACACGCUGGAGAGCCAGACCAAGUUUACCAUGAUCUUUGAAGACUUGCAGGAGAUGAAGGCGAUGCAAACCCAGUUAGCAGAAGAUAUUGAAAAUUUAAAAAUUCAAUUUAAGAGUGAAUAUGAAUUCAUUACACAAACCCUGCAGGAGGAAAGAUACAGGUAUGAGCGUUUGGAAGAUCAGUUUAAUGACCUGACAGAACUGCAUCAACACGAGACCACAAACCUCAAACAAGAAUUGUCCAGUAUUGAAGAAAAAGUGGCUUACCAGGCCUAUGAACGGUCCAGAGACAUUGAGGAAGUGCUGGAGUCAUGCCAGACCAAGAUCUCUAAACUGGAGCUCCAGCAACAGCAGCAGCAAGUGGUGCAGUUUGAAAACACCAACGCCAAGGUUCUGCUGGGGAAGUCCAUCAACAUCAUGCUGGCCAUUGUCACAGUGAUUCUGGUCUGCGUCUCCACCAUCGCCAAGUUCACUGCCCCCCUCAUGAAGAGCAGACUGCACGUCAUCUGCACUUUCUUUGCUGUCGCCCUCCUUGCCGUUUUCUGGAAGAACUGGGAACACUUUCAGAUCGCUAUUGAGAGAUUAUUACUACCGAACUGAAGGAAAAUACUUUACUGAGCUGGUGCUGUUUUUUUUUUUUUUUUUUUAAAAUCUAGUUUUAUAAAAAAAGUGCUGUACAUGCAGCGAUAAAUACUGUGGUAUAAUUCUGUGACGGGUGACAUUACUUUUGGUUUCCACAGUGCUGGUAGAGAUUCAGCGGAAUAGCUAGCCAAGUGUUUAUGUUCAAAAGGUGGUUGUUUCUUUUUAUACAAAUUAUCUGGUGACAAUUAACUGUCAAAGGCUUUUUGGUUUGGCAUCUCUUCCUGACAUGUGGCACCAUAUCAUAACACAAACUUGACUUUAUCUGUAAUACCUAAUUAAAGUUUAUUUUAGUUUUAUUCACUUUGAUCGAUUGAGUGUUUAUAGAGGGUUUUAGUCACAAAAGAAUUAAAAAAUAAAAGUUCUGUUAGUUUUGCAUUAUACUACUACAAUGGCUGGCUUGUAAAGUGCAAUAAAGGUGUGGGAUUUUGGAUUGCUUUUUCUUAUGCUAUCUGACACCCACUGAACUACAACCCAAGCCAGCAGUGUACACUGCACAGUAUAAAUGCAUUAAAAUAUCUAGUGAGCUGAAUGGCAGUUGCUUGUAAGACCUGUUAUUCGUUAUUCCACCUGAUAAACUGGUUGUUUGUCUUUUCCUAACAUGUUUCGUGCUAAACAAGCAAGUUGGGUGCUUGAGUGGCAUAGGUUCAGUGUACGACCUCAAAUGAAGUCCUAUUGAAGAUAGGUACCUGAAUUGGUUCCUAUGGGGAAAUAAAAUAAUUCAACUAUGGUAUUUAAAUUUAAUUUAAGAUGCCCCCCCCCC